AUGUCUGGCGUAAAGCCGGCCGAGGUAAAAGAAAAAGUCAAGGCUUAUCUCAGCCAGGAGAGUGCUGGGAAGUGGCUUCUGGUUUUUGAUAACGCAGAUGAUAUGGAGAUGUGGAGCAAGGAUAACACCAAUUCCCCAACACUAACGGAUUUCCUGCCUCAAUGUGAGCAGGGCCAUAUUCUCUUCACCACACGCAGCCGGAAGCAGAUUCAGCGAUCAAAUAAACUCGCGGCGGACUAUCUAUCAUUCAUGGCCUGUAUCAAUCCUCGAGGUAUUCCACAGUCCUUGCUUCCUCAGCCGAACUCAAUUAAGAAAAAGAUUGAUGCUAUCGGCCUCCUCAAGGCGUUCUCCUUUGUUAGUGAGGGGGGUGGGGAUGGUUCUCUAAAUCUACACAGACUAGUUCAUCUUGCAACUCGGAACUGGAUGCGAAAGAGCCAACAGUUUAGCCUGCAAAUAUUGAAAACUGCAGACCAUCUGAGCGAAACUUUCCCGAACGAUGACCAUAUCCAUCGGAAGGUGUGGCGAGAAUAUAUGCCGCAUGCACUUUCACUAAUUGCAGAAGCUGACUUCCAGAAGGAGCAGGAGAAUUACAUUAAUUUCAUUAAUAAUAUCGGGAUGUGUUUGUAUAGUGACGGGCGAUGGAAGGAAGCAGAAAGAUUACAGGUACAGGUACUGGAGCUCCGCAAGCAAGUCCUGGGUCCAGAGCAUCCAGAUACUCUAACCAGUAUAGCCAACCUGGCAUUAACAUAUAGAAAUCAAGGACGAUGGAAAGAAGCAGAAAGAUUACAGGUACAGGUACUGGAGCUCCGCAAGCAAGUCCUGGGUCCAGAGCAUCCAGAUACUCUAACCAGUAUAGCCAACCUGGCAUCAACAUACUGGACCCAGGGACGAUGGAAAGAAGCAGAAGAACUGGAAAAACAGGUACUGAAGCUCCGCAAGCAAGUCCUGGGCCCAGAGCAUCCAGAUACUUUAACCAGUAUAGCCAACCUGGCAUUAACAUAUAGAAAUCAAGGACGAUGGAAAGAAGCAGAAAGAUUACAGGUACAGGUACUGGAGCUCCGCAAGCAAGUCCUGGGUCCAGAGCAUCCAGAUACUCUAACCAGUAUAGCCAACCUAGCAUCAACAUACUGGAACCAGGGACAAUGGAAAGAAGCAGAAGAACUGGAGAUACAGGUACUGAAGCUCCGCAAGCAAGUCCUGGGCCCAGAGCAUCCAGAUACUCUAACCAGUAUAGCCGACCUGGCAUCAACAUACUGGAACCAGGGACAAUGGAGAGAAGCAGAAGAACUGGAGAUACAGGUACUAGAGCUCCGCAAGCAAGUCCUGGGCCCAGAGCAUCCAGAUACUCUAACCAGUAUAGCCGACCUGGCAUCAACAUACUGGAACCAGGGACAAUGGAGAGAAGCAGAAGAACUGGAGAUACAGGAGAUGGAGCUCAGCAAGCAAGUCCUGGGCCCAGAGCAUCCAGAGACUCUGACCAGCAUGAACAACCUGGCCUAUACAUGGAAACUACUAGGAAAGGUCCAAGAUGCCUUAGCUCUGAUGGAAAAGAAGAACAAGAAUCAGCUUCUUUAUUAG